AUGUCCACUACCGUUGAUUUGCCAGAGCAUUUAGUAUCUUUGCUUAAAACAUCCAAAUAUGUUCAUUUAGCCACAGCUUCUAAAGACUGCAUUCCUAAUGUUUCAUUGAUGAACUACACAUAUGUGCUUCCUCAUAAAGCCUUUCAUGAAGAAGGCUCCAAUAGUCAUUAUGUUAUCUUUGCCACAUCAAAGUCUACUCAAAAGUAUAAGAAUAUUAUUGCUAACCCAUCUGUAUCUCUUUUGAUCCAUGACUGGGUCACAGCAAAAAAACUAUCUCUGAGGAAAACAAGUGUAUCCAAUACUCCAGUGCCAGAUUCUAAUGAUUCUGAAGAACAACCAAGUAGGUUGCUCAACCUUUUGCAAGAGUUGAAUCAAUCUGAACUAUCACAAAUGUCAGCCACGCUAUCAGGUACAGCGACAGUUAUUGAUCCAUCAUCUGAAGAAUCCGACUACUAUGAAAAGCAACUACUAAGAGUGAAUCCAGAUGCUAAUUGUUAUAUCAAAGGUGAUGACAACGUGAUCAUCAAGGUUAAGAUAUUGGAUGCAAAGAUAUCUGAUAGCGAAAACAGAACAAGCUACUAUACCUGA